ACCCUUCUGCCAAUAAUUUACAGGACCCGUUUACCUACAAAUACACUUGCAACAGUAAGUGUGGUCCACUUCAGUCACAACAUCAGUUACGAACAGUUUUCCCUGCAGUGGAAUACAAUGAGAUUUAUAUUUUAAAGCGCUUUGUAACACUUCUGCGGAGAAGCGGAGAGGUAAACCCGAGGUGUAAUACACCGUUGACUCACACUGAAGUCUCAACACGAACAAGAACUUACUGUACAGACAGAUUUCUUUAUCAUGGCUGAUAAACCUCUGCCACUGUCUCAGGAGACUUUAGCUCAGUUCAAUCGUUCCCUGGCCACCGAAUCAGGCCCUCCCGCACCCCCGAGACGACGUCUGGGCUCUAUGUCUACACGCCGCAGCUCCAAAGAGCAACCACACCACAGGCCGUCGCUCCUCAGAACCAUGACGGGCCUUUCAUCCGACUCGUCUUUCUUGAGUCCCACCGUUAGCCAUUCUCACAUGGGCAAGAGGUUUUCCUUGGCCGGCUGGCAGCAAGGAGGAAGAUUAAGUUUCUCUGGUUUGUACGUCCCCCAACCCAUCCAGGAGGUCCACGUGGAGAACACCUACAGGAUGGGCCCGGACGAGGGCAGCCGCUUCAGCACCAGCAGGACCCAUCAGAUCACAAAAGCCACUUUGGAGAGUUUUUUGGACGGCGUGCGUUACAGUCCUGACAGUUGUGGCCAGCUGUGUCAGAUGUUAACAGAUCUGUUGCUCAGUAAGCUGAAGGACGUCAACCCGCCACGAUAUAAACUUGUUUGUCAGGUGGUGGUCGGGCAGAGCGGUGAGCACGGUCUGGGGGUGGCCAGCCGCAGUUUGCUCAAUUCAGACACUGACAAUUACACAUCUGCAGUUUUUCAAAACCAGUCACUGUUUGCUGUGGCUAUAGUACACGGCGUGUAUUUUGAAUGAAAGCUACCACCAUGCUACCAUGUUUAUUCAACAUGUUGAUUUUUAAAUGUAAUUCAAUGCAUGUUUAAUUAUGUUGAGAAGCAGGGGUCUCCAACCUUUUUGUGAGCAAGGGCUACCACAAUGGAUAAAUCAAUCUGGAGGGCUACUUUUUGAUAUUUAUCUACUCAAAACGUUUUCGUUUUAAUUGAUUCGAUUUUUAUUUUACUUAUGUUUUAUCAUUGUUCGAAUGUUAACAUGCAUAAAAGAAGCCAAGCGAAUAUAAAAAAUAUGCAAUAAAUACAGGGUUUCCAA